UCUGAAACUUGAUUCUGUUUUACUUGAACUAUUCAUGAAGCUUCUCAGUGUGGGAGUAGGGAAUGGGGAGAGCUACCAGCCACUCUCUCCUUCUGUGAGAGGGGGUUGAUGAGACUGAAAAGGAGAGACUGCCAAGAGAUGUACUUGAGUGGGAGGAGACUGCUCUGCCAAAAGCCAGCCUUGAAUGUUAUUCUCUCAAAAGAUACCUCAGAGUCAGUGUCCCUCCUCUGGCAGGUCUUCAUAAUGCUGAAUCCAAGUUCAUGUCCAGCCACAUUCUGUUAAGGAAUAUGACAAAACUGAAGAUAUACUUGUGGAAAUAGCUACAGCUGGACAGGGUCAAGAGGUGUAUUCCCAUGGAUGAUUCAAGCCUAUCUAGCCCUGUUGAUGUAGACAAAGGCUUUGCCAUUGCCUUUGUUGUUCUUCUGUUUCUUUUCCUAAUAGUGAUGAUUUUUCGCUGUGUUAAGUUGGUGAAGAAUCCCUAUGAGGCUAGUCUCCCAACCACAGAACCAUCUUUGAGCUGAAUUAUGAAAAAGUCUGGUAGACUCCACCUCACAGAAGAUUUAAAACUUUUUAUACCAAGGAUGGACAUCCAGAUUUUAUAUUAUUUCACCUCCCUAAUUCUCAGCUUUCUCACUCUUGCAUUCUACAAUAGACACAUGAGGGUGACUUGAGCAUAAUAAAAAGGAUGAAA